AUGGUCGGUUGGGAAAGCUUUCUGCGAGUUCAGCUCAUUUGCCUAUCCUUGGUCGGUAUAGAGCAGAAUGGUAGUGUGUCGAAUCGGGUCCUGUUUUACUUUUGUUUCAUUUCGAUGGCGGUUAUGGAUUCGGCUGCCACGUUAUUUGCUUUGGAGAACCGCAGCAACAUUGUACUGGUUUGUGACUGUUUGGGACCACUUUUCACUUGCUAUUUGGCGAUUGUGAAACUGUUUUAUUUAAAUGUGAACCGGAACGAACUAUGGGAAAUCAUAAACAAGCUACGCAGAUUGAGUAGAAAAGCUGAUUCACGUGAAGUUGAAAUGAUCGAGCAAAAUAGUAAGAUUGAUCAGCGAUUAGCCACCACUUUUCUAACAACUACUGUCAUAACUGGAUCAUUGUUCGUUGCUGCUGCAUUUGUGAAAGGAAUCUACAGUACGAUUUUCAAAAAUGAUGCACACUGGAACUUUCCGAUUUCUUUGAGUUUUCCCUUCGACACAAGUCACCCUUUGGUGUUUGGAUUUCUGUUCGCAUGGUGUACUGCUGCGAUAUUCAACGUCGUGUGUGCCAGCGUUUCCAGUGAUGCUAUUUUUGCAGGAUUGGCCUCUUCGCUGGUGACUCAUUUCAGGUGCAUUGGACUGCGCUUCGAAGAUCGUGAUUUUAUCGAGCGUGACGAAUCAUUGGUCGAACUAAUCGAAUACCACAAGCUGAUCCUGAACCUGUCGCGGAAGUUGAUGUCUUCAUUUCGGAUGAACAUCUUCCAAAACCUGCUCGUUGCUUCGGUACUUCUGUGUGUUUUGAGUUUUCAGCUGGUGAUGUUCUUGGGGUCAUCAACAAUGUUAAUCUACUUUUUGUAUGUAAUGGCUAUCGUCAUUCAGAUUAGCUUUUUUUCUUAUUACGGAUCGCUCAUAGCGCACGAGAGCACGUUGGUAGCAGAUGCGAUCUACUGCAGCAAUUGGUACGAAGCUUCGCCUAAAACACGCAAAAUAUUAUUGCAAUGUAUCGCAAGGGCACAGGUUCCAGUCAACAUAAAGGCAGGAUUUAUGGUGGCUUCUUUGCCAACGAUGAGAGCAAUUCUAAAUUCGGCUGGCUCGUACGUGGCUUUGCUGCUAUCGUUCACAUAGGUGCAUAUGGU